CGACGAGUAUCCAGGUGGCUGUUUCCUUUUCAACGACAUCUCAUGUCUGUUUUCUCCACUCCUGCUCAGACAGAUUGAUACUAUAGCUGGAGCACCCUUGAACCUGACUGGUGAAUAUGUGCGCGAAAUAUCGUAGCUGUCAAUACAUCUGUUGGGCUAUUCACAACUCGUAUGAGUGAUGACAUGACAUCGGAAGGAUGAGAAGCACACAUCAUCAACAACAUCAUAACCAUACCAGAAAAUGCUAUUUUGGUUUCAUGCGAUAUGUCGAAGCGAGAAGCAGGUACAGUUAUGCUCAACGUCAAUAAAUCUUUUCUGAGCUUGAAAAGGAACGAAGGCUGAUCAUCACGAGGGGACCAGAAACCACUUUGCCUCCUGCCUGCUUCAAGACAUAUCAAUGCAAUGUGCAUCUCCAUGUAGGGAAAUUAUAUAGGAUAUCACUGAAUCUGGUAGUGGUGCCUGUGCCUGAUCACUACUCAUUGCCAUCUUUCGCUCACGCUCUCAAUACGCCAUAUAAGACUGCAGCAGUGACUUUCCGGAUCUCCGCCAGACAGUGGUGGCGUAGGCGAGGGGGAAAGACCAAGAAGGAAAUAUCAGCUUCCAGCCCAAGAGAUCACGCUCAAGUCCCCGCCCGACCUCGACCUGCUCACCCUGUCGUUUACUGAGGCGUCAACUGAACUCUCUUUGCAGAACGUUGUGAGAAUGACUGACCAUCAACCACAUCCUCAGCCUCAUCGCACCUUGCUCGAAGCGGGCAAUCUAGACCAAGACAAGACGCAAAACGGCUUCAAUAUGUCGGGCGUCACUCCAAUGGACACUUUUCCACAAUUGGAUAGCGUCAGGUCAGCGUUCGGACAAUGAAGUAGUGAACCAAUCCCAUCUCUUCAAAACCAAUUGACAUGUAAUCAUUGGAUUGCUGUCAGAUUUCGCGUUGGCCUCACACUCGGGUUGAUUUUAUCGUACCUUUUCCGAUUGUACCUGAUGUCACGUAGGGUAAAUAAAUAUUGCUUAUGAUUUCUGAACGUGGCAAAACCACACCAAGUCACGUUGAGUUGAGGCUUCGUAUUCCCAGUGGAACGGGCGCAAUGGGCACAACUCUAGAGCCUCGAAAAGGAUUCCUGAAGCCAUGGAAUCCUGAGGAUCCUUUUACCAUGGCUGGCCCAGAGGGUGCAUGCCACGUUCUGAUCAACAUUUCGCGUCCCUUUGUUUGCUUACCUACAUCUAGAUUUUAUGUCAGUUAGUGGCUGAGAAAAGGCGUCAACAGAGCAUACGGCAAGACCGCUUCAUACUGUUAAGACUUGUAUUUAUAUCAUAGAAAGAUGUCCGGAAAAUGAAUCUUCAGAUUUCAUCAAGCAAUCGUUUAGCGUCUCAAUUGAGCUUCAAUUCCACUCCACCCAAGAAAUCUCGCAUUCGUUUACUUUUUUCCCUCCUUCAUAAUGUAUUUCACACCAACUGCUCUAGCCAUCUUGGCUGUAGGUGGAGCCAAUGCCUUCAGCUUCCCAGAAUCCGUGGAAUCAACUUUCAACAAACUCGUCGGUCGAAAGGGUGGAUCUGAUGGCUGUCCAAAAGUUUGGAAUAGCAUUUCAUCAGAAUUUGUAACCAUGUUCACCGAUACUUCGGUCAGUCCAGCACAAUGUAACGACGAUGCUCGUGCAGCUAUUAGAUUGGCUUUCCAUGUAUGUUUCGCCUUGGUUACCUUUCUGAGCAAAGCGACAGAACUUUGCUCUUUCUCAUUGCACAGAAAACUUACCAGUAGCAGGACUGCGGAGCCUACAAGAAAUCGCAAGGCAAAGUCGGCGGCUGCGACGGCAGUAUCAUUCUCUCAACCGGCAACGACGAGCUUCAACGAGGGGAAAACAACGGUCUCCAAGACAUCUCCGCCAAAGUAUGGGCUCUGCAGAAGAAAUACGUCAAACAAGACAGCUCCGUCACCGUCGCAGACACGAUCCAAAUGGCCGGCGCCGUAGCCAUCGUAGUUUGUCCUGGCGGACCCCAAAUGAAACUCUUCAUGGGCCGCAAAGAUUCCACCACUCCCGCACCCGACGGUCUCCUCCCCGAUGUCCACGCCUCAGCAGCCUCGCUCAACCAGCUCUUCCUCGACAAAGGAUUCUCCUCCGCUGAACUCGCUGCUCUCCUCGGUGCUCACUCCACCAGCAAAGCCUUCCACCAACCUGAUAUCCCAGCCGGCGCCUACCAAGACAGCACCCCUGGAAUUUGGGACGUCAAGUACUACGCCGAGACGUACAAUCCUCCUCAAGGUGUCGUUCCUUUCGCCAGCGACAAGGUGUUGGCGAACUACGCGGAUGUCGGGGCGGAAUUCAAGAAAUUCGUCGGGAACGCGGGGAGGUGGAAUGGGAAGUUUGCUGAUGCGUAAGUUCUUUAUCUUAUCUCCCACCUUCAUCAAUGCAUAGCUAAUCUUUUGGGGUUUAGCAUGACGCACAUGUCUCAACUCGGCGCUGGUCAGGCGGCGAAUAUCGAUUGUACGCAGUAUGUUCCUAAAGGAAAAUCCGCGGGUAAUAAGAGAGGGAUGAUGGGUGCUUCUAUGUUCCAUAAGCCAUGAUAGACCGGCACCUUUAUUAAUGUUUAUUUCUUUCUGGGUGGCGUUUUAAAGAUGGGUUUCUUGUUCAAAGAUUAACAAAAGGCGUUGGAGGGAGUCUUGGAUAAUUGGGUGGGAU